GUUUUGCUUGGUGACGGUUUUUACUCGAGAAAACCGAGAAUUUGGGAAGUCUAGAUUAUGGAAAUCAGUGAGAGGAUAGUUUAAUAAGGAAUCUUUGUGGUGAGUUUGUUCAGACCUGCAUCCAUGGAGGAAGUUAUAUUUGACUCGAAACCUAACCAGAAUGCUGGAGGCAGCUUUUCUGUGUCAGGUGUGGAAGAUGAGCACAUGGCCACAGAUCUCUUCAAAGGCCGAGGUCUCCGUAGAUCAGAUACUCCUGAGACCCUUCUAACAGAUUUCUCAAACCGGCCUGACAUCACAAUCUUGUGCGACAAGUGCAGCGUCUACCAGGAUGUUCGGAGUUUACCAUACCAUCGCUCCUACCACGAUGCAUUGGAACUUCUGGGAUACAUGUCACCAACAAAGCCUGCAGAUGUAGAUGACUUGCUGCAGCGUCGAAAUGGUGUAUUGCGAAGGUUGAAAUUAGAAUCUUCUUCUGAAAAUCCUUUAAGAAUCCAAGAUAUUACAAAAAUUGAUGACGCUUAUGAGCUGUUGAAGAGUGACAUGGAAGACACAUAUGAUGAAAUGAAACGUAUCGUGGAAAAGACAGAUGUUAAUGUACGAGGCGCAGCCCUUAGUUGCAGUCCGUCUUGUGCGUAUGCUGUUGGAAUGUGCAGCAGUGAGAACAGACGCUGGAAAAGUUAUAUGGAGGAUGUGAAAGUGUACCAAGAUUAUUUUGGGGAGGAUAGGAACAAAUGCUAUUUGGCUGUAUUUGAUGGAUACCAUGGCACAUCUGCAGCUGAGAGAUCUGGAAAUGAGCUUCAUCAUCUCUUGCUUCACGAGAUGGCAAAAUUUGAUUCUAAAACUAAAUCAACAGCAGCCAGGAAUUUUGCUGAAUCAGCAGCAGCUCGCACCGAUUACGAGCUUCUUCGUCCAGAGACCAGGGACAGCUUUCGUGUAAACUUGCAUCAAGACAGCACCGAGCUAGUACAGAACAUCAUGGAUCUGUGCUAUGAAAAAUACAAUGAAGUCAUGAAAGACAAGUUGACUGAAAAUGAAGCUGAAAAGAAAACCAGCAAGAAGAAAAAACACCCCAUGACAGAUAAGAUGCACCAGGCUUUGAAAAAAACAUAUUUAUUAAUGGACAUUCUACUGUCGUAUGGGAAAGAUGAAAGAUCGAAAGUUCGCUGGAGUGGAACCUCUGCCCUUACAGCUGUUGUCCAGAAUAUCAAAAAGCCCUCCAAUGGUGAAGGAGAAAAGGACAAUAAGUUGGCGUCCUUGGAAGAAGAAGUUUCUGGUUCAGAAGGUCAGAAACAUUCGGCAAGAGGAGGACAGCCUAAUUCUCCGGAGGAACUUGGACUUAUUCAUGUUGCCAACGCAGGCAACUCACAUGCUCUUCUUGUGCGAGACAACAAGCCGUAUCAUCUGACCAAAGAUCACACGCCUAACAACCCAAAAGAGAGAAAACGAGUUUUGAACGCAGGAGGAAAUCUGAGCAACAGUGAGAGAGACACUCGCUUGAAUGGAGUCUUGUCUGUAACGAGAGGCCUUGGUAACCAUGGAGACAAGAAGCUGAAGGACUGUGUUCUGGUGGAUCCUCACGUGACCACCAUCCCCAUCGACCAGUACGCCCAGUUCCUUGUGUUGGCCUCGCACGGCGUCUGGGAGGUCUUCUCCCCUGAGGAGGUCGCAUCUCUGCUUUCUAAGAUGCUUCCCAGCCAGUUUAUUCCAGCCCCGAGCCGGGUCAACGAGACUCUGUUGCCGUUACUUCAGUCUUGCCAAGAUAAAGAGAACAGCAAUAAGCGAGAGAAGGAGCGCACACAGUCUGUGAAGAGUUUCGCUUCUUGCGACAAAAGUUCAAGCAAACAAGAAAAAGGAACAAAUUUUUCUUCUCGUGUAAUGUUCUCCACUGGGCCGGAGGCUGCCGGUUCUGAGUCUGGCUCAAAGAAAAAUGAACAACAGGACAAAGAGCGUACAGAUGUCUCAAAUGUCUCCGGACCAAAUGAAAAGCAGACAAACACUCUGAAUCUUGAGACUUCGGGCUAUGGGACUACAAAUGUUCUGGCUGACCUUCACACAGAGAUAGGGAGCCACCUGAGCGAGACGACAGAUGACAUAAGCCUUCACCGUGACCUGGGUGAGGACUACCUCUCCGUGCCGAUUCACUCCCAGGUUGAAGAAGGCGAGCCACAGACACCUGAGGGUUUCCGGCGAGAGCUGGCCAAGAAUAUGGCGGAGCACCUGACUCAGGCCGCUCUACUGGCUGGUUCUCGGGACAACAUCACCGUUAUGGUGCUGCUGCUCCCCGGCUGUGGGGUGUAGGAACGUUCAGCAACAUUCAGCUCCUGAAAACAGCUGGUGAAUCAGGCUUGGAAAUGUUAAUUAAUCCCUCAUUUUUAAGGGGUAACGCGUUAGAGGUUUGACCGAUUGUUAUGAUCAUAAUAAUGGUGGGAAUUCCCAAUGUUUGGACAGCAUCUGUAAUGAUUUUAUUUUGAGAGGACUUGUAUUGUUAGUAGACAUUAUGAAAUUCGCACAGAGUCUGAAAAGAAUUAACUCUUAAACCCCAUCAGGCACUGGGAGCGUCGGGCGAUAAUAACCCUGUUCCCCAUCGUAUGCUGUGAAUGUGCGAUACUAGUGACAACUUUCGUUUGAUUAAAUGCUAGUUUUUGCUUGUUUUUCGGAACUAUUCUCGAACCAAAUUUUUUAGUAAUGACUAAGCCUUUGUCUCCUCCAUUUAGAAGUUGGAGGCUAGCUUUUGAGACAUAGUGCACCAUGUUUAAGUGACUGUAAAAAAUACACUGUGAAAUGGUGGAAAAAUUUCAGGGUUUAAAGAGUUAAAGUUUGUAACAUGUAGGACAUUAUACAAACUUAUAAGUAUUGUAUUUAGAAUUGAGAUUGCAGAGAAAAUUGAGAAUACCAUAAUCCGCAAGAAAAAUUUCCUUGUGUAAGUAAAAAUUUGAGAACUUCAAGUAUGAAAGACAAGAGAAAUAAACUGCAUAGAAAUCAAGAUGAUUUUAGUGCUUUUUUGUCUUGAAUGAAGCUAGUUUAUGAAAUAUUCCUGUUUCUGAUAUUUCUAUUCUAAAAGACAGCAUGGUGCCGUGUUGAAUUGACGUAAAUUAGGCUGUUAUUGAAAGGGAGUUUUAUGCCUUGGCUUAUUUGAACAACGCUUAUUUGAACAACAGAGGGUCUGUAGAGGAGGACACGCAAAUAAUCACCAGUCUUCUAUGGAAGAUGCAGAGAAACUUAAAAAACUCUAAAACCAAUUUAGUAUAGGGAAAAUACGAUACCUUGCUGGGAAUCAUGUGAACAAGUCCUCCCAUACUGAAGUUACAUUUUUUUUUACCAGUGAAAAUGAUAUUAUGCAAGUAUCCAGCUGCAGUGUGCUUAUCUUUUUGUGUGAAUUUAAAUAUGUACCUUGCAUGAAUGAUAAAUUUAUUGCAACUAAAAAAAAACCCCUACAAAACCCAACUCUUUGCAUCUACAUUACGAUGUCUAUCUCUUUUUUUAGUUUUUAAAAAAUUUUCUGUAAGUUUACAUGCCAUUUUCCUGAAUACAACACUGAAAAAAUAUA